AUGGUUCGCGCGCACGUCCGCCGCAAGCCCAAAUACAAAUGCGUCGAGUGUAUGAACGUGUCGUACUGUACCGACUGCAGUGAGGACUCAAUGGCAGAAACACCCUUCAUCUGCAAGGAUUGCGUAAUCACGCACCCGGGAGCCCACAAUAUUCAUCGUAAAGUCCCGGAAAACGCCAAGGCAAAAGUGGUAAUGCUGCAGAUUACCGAUGAAGUUAAUGAUAUUGAGGCCGAUAUCGCCAACCAGCUCGGGGAAUUGAAGGAGACAAUCUGGAGGGUGGAGAAAGCGUACAAGAAUCGAAUUGUGACUGUUCGUGAUUUGCUGGAGGAGGCGGAGCAGGAAACGGUGAAGCAUGGAGCUGUCAAUGCAGAGACGCGUUCGCAAUUGUUGAAAGCUGCUGAAGAAGCGAAGGCGCGUGGACGGCUUCUACUUGCCCGUCUUAAGUUAAUCGAUGAAAACGCGCAAAACGUCUUUGCUUCCAACGGUGGUGAUCUCACUUAUGAAGGAGCUGUCCCGCUACGUGACGCCCUGCGCCUAGAAAUCUUGAAACAAAAACGCCUGGGCAAUCACGUGGCCAUGAUGGAGGCAAUCUCUGAAUUUCUCGAAGCCAGUAAUGGCCGAGUAACCCUGCGUGAAAUGCACCUGCUCUCGCGCGUUGUGCUCGAUCGGUUGGAGGUUAUCGGAACAUCGACGAAACGUAUGCACAAGUAUGGCAGUGAACCGAGAGUUGAUGAAAAUGCGAAUCAGCCUGGAGACUCUCCCCUCACCCUAAUUCGUUCGAUGAUCUCGGGAGUAGCUGGAGAUUUUCGUGCUGAAUGUGCAGAACUUCUAGACGCGCUUACUCGAAUUCAUGCACAUGCUGAUGUCAAUGUUAAGCAGCAUGUAGCAAAAAGCUUCGGCGGGAAAAUCGAGCCAUCGAUCGAUUAUGUCAUUGGCUUGAAGUAUGAGAAUUUUGGGAAAGAGAAACGAAGAAACUUGAGCCUUCAGAAAUUCUCCGAUCUACAAGUAAUUCUUUCUCGAUACCUUUUGGCGCUUCACGUAUGUGCCGUCUGGUUGAGUCUAAUUGACAACAACAAAGAGGAGAAGGCCGAUGUUCGUCAGCAACUUCGUGAUUGUAUUGAUGGGUAUAUGUACGCGGCCAAGGGUGGCCCAUUUACAUCCGGAGAAGCGAUUUUUACGAACUUCGCGUCGACUCUGACCGAGCUGGCCACCAAAUAUGCCCAGUUCAAGGGGGUGAAAGCGGUGCGGCGGCGUGUUGAUAAGAUCCUGAACAACUACUCAAGCACCCGGGCCCAACAAGCCUUCUUCGGCUCGCCCUCCCCAAGAACAAGACGUGCGGCCAGCCUCCGUGUCGCCUCAAAUCAACUCUGGCACAGCAUCUCCGAAGAAGAGCAUGCCAUUUCCGAU